GGCGAAAAACGGGGAAUAAGUCCUCUUAUUCCAAAUCUCCUUAUUCGCGGUUGUGGGAGCAACGGAGACGAUGAGAGGGGCGUCGCUCGAUCUCGGAGACACGCUCACUUCUCCUUCUCCUCCCGCUUCUCACUCCCACCUCAGCUCCGGGCGCCACUUCUAUGUCGCCGUCGAUCGCCUCCAAUUCAAAAUGGAGACGUUGGUGGAUCUUCUCGGGGUCGCGGGCCGGCGCCCGUCGCUUCCGAUGGUGAUCUGUUGCAGUUCCCGCGACGAGCUCGACGCCGUGUGCUCCGCCGUCUCCAAUCUCUCCUUCAUCUCCCUCUCACCUCUGUACAGCGACCAGGCAGAAGCUGAACGUGCAUCUAUAUUGGAAAGAUUUCGCCAAGCAAGUACUCGGUGGAUCCAAACUCACAAUGCAGAUCCCGAGGUUGAGUCCGGGAGUGUGGAUAGUAAGUCAUGCAUGAUAGUCGUAACGGAUGCCUGCCUGCCUCUAGCUGCAUCAGGAGAAUCACCUCUCAUGGCUCGUGUUUUGAUAAACUAUGAAUUACCAACAAAGAAGGAGACAUACUUUCGGCGCAUGUCAACUUGUUUAGCAGCAGAUGGAAUCGUGAUUAACAUGGUUGUCGGAGGUGAAGUUGUGACCCUCAAGGGGCUCGAAGAGAGCAGUGGUCUUGUCAUUGCGGAGAUGCCAAUAAAUAUCUCCGAGAUCUUAUGACGAUACAUUGUCAUGAAAUUUUAGAAGUUUCAUAAGUCAUAACUCAACAAGGAGUAAUCUUGGGAGGGACUAAUCCUUGCCCUGUACACUGGUUGCUCAAGGAGAAAGGAGUAUGUAAACAUUAUUCUUGCUCACUAUCCAUGGAUUUGAUAUUAUGAUUGCUUAUAAUAGGAAAAUAAUUUGAUAUUAUUUGGAUUACCAAUAUAUGGUUGUUUUCUUUUUA